UCUCUCUUUUGCUCGCAUCGCAUCGUUAAUUCUCGGAAGCUCUCUCUUGUCGAUUCUCGUGUCUUUCCCCACCUUCGGAACUCUAAAGCAAAGGGGCUGAAACAUGUUUCUCAAAGUCGAGUUGCCAUGGAACGUGAUGAUCCCAGCCGAAAACAUGGAUGCGAAAGGUCUCAUGCUGAAGAGGACCAUUCUGAUUCAGUUGCUAGAGGCCUUUGCUUCGAAGAGAGCAACCAAGGAGCUUGGCUACUACUUAACAGUCACAUCUCUAGACAAGAUCGGAGAAGGCAAAAUCAGGGAGCACACCGGUGAGGUCAUGUUCCCUGUCGUUUUCAGCGGGAUGACCUUCAAGAUCUUCAAAGGAGAGAUACUUGAGGGUGUGGUGCACAAGGUGCUGAGGCACGGUGUCUUCAUGAGGUGUGGUCCUGUCGAGAACGUCUACCUCUCUCACGUCAAGAUGCCUGAUUACAAGUACCUCCCGGGAGAGAACCCCAUCUUCAUGAACGAGAAGAUGUCUAGGAUUCAGGUUGACACUUUGGUUAGGUUUGUGGUGAUUGGGACCAAGUGGAUGGAAGUAGAGAAGGAGUUUCAGGCGUUGGCUAGCCUUGAAGGGGACUAUCUUGGACCCAUCUCUGAAGAGUGAAUCUGUCUGGUCUCUUCAUGUGAUGGUGGUUUUGUGCAAUCUCUUAUGUUCGGUAAGUACUCUUUUAAGUUGCGCAGACAAUUAAUGACCUAGAAUUUCGAAUGUUGAUAUUCUCCACCUUUAAGAGAGGAAUGUUUGGACUAAUUUAGGUAUUUGAUGUUGGCUACAAUCCAUUUCUUGAGUUACUAAUCGAUUGGCGUCACUAGUAAA